AUGACGAGUCGAGAGUUGGAGCGCAAAGGGGAGCACAGUGCUCAGAUGAGUCAGAAGGACGCUCAGAUCCGACUUUUUGGGACAUCGGCGAAGGAGCAAGCGUGUCCGGAAGGCAUGACGAUGGCUCCCAUGGCGGCUCUGCUGGUCUUCGUCGUCCUGGCAGCCUCCUUCGCUCUGUCCACAGAUGCUGAGAGCUGCACAAGAAGUGCCUGCCCCUUGGUUUCGAGAAGCUCUGUGGCGUCUGCGUGGUCGGCAACCCAGCUUCAGAGCAAGGGUUUGCAAGGGGUCUAUGGAGAGCACGACGGUUUUGCGCCUGGUGAGAGGAGAUGCAUGCGCCUGGUUGGUGGGAAGAUUGAGAGGUGCAGUCGGCCGGAGCCUUCGGGACGUCAGGUGCAGAGAGAGGACUCUUUGGGGGAAGGGGGCGAUGAUAGCCAAACUUCGGGGGGAGAAGCCUGGGGGCGAAAGAGGGGCGGAACUUGGAAGGGCAGCAGAACGGUCAGGAAAAGCGGCGGCGUCGGAAAGGAGGGGUGCAUGAUGCGAGCAGUGAUGACCGCGGUGGGGGCGGUGAUGCUCUCUCCAUGGGGGGGUUCUGGCCGGCACCUACUUCUCGCCCCCCGGGUGCAGGCCGGGGCGUUUCUCUUGGCAGGGCUAACCAGCCUUCCGGCUGCUAGCGGUCUGGAGAGUGGGGACGCACUUUUGCGGAAGGAGGAACUGAAAGCUCCUAGCGUCAGUAUACAGCCCCCCUUCUUAGACUGGCAGGAGGUUUACAUCUGCGAGCCGGCCGCGAUCUCGGUGGAGAUCAUCAACACCUCGGAAGACUCACCGGUCACGCUCUUCUCAGUCUCCACCGACAACCAGCAGUUCUUCCCGUCGGCCUUCCGCGAGGUUACGGUCCCCCCAGGGGCCAGUGUAAAUAUUUCCCUCACCUUCUUGCCAGUCAAGAGCGGCAGCGCCGAGGCGACGCUCCUGGUGCAGAGCAGCGCGGGGGGGUUCUUGAUCCAGAUGCACGGCUGGGGGGUCCCGUCCCACUUGCAAGCCGCCCCCGUCACCGGAAAACGUGUCCUCGUUGGCAAGAGCUUCACGCAUUCCCUGGUGCUCCGCAACCCGUACGCAGAGUUGCUUCGGGUGACGGAAGUCUUCACUUCUGACGAUUUCCUUCAGCUGACGCUGCCUCAAAAAGGUGGAAAAGGCGUGCAGGGGGGGACCGCGGGCCUGUGGGAGGUCCCCCCCGGUGAGGCGAAGCCGGUGAUUGAGAUCGAGUUCCAGUCCGCAGGGCCGGGGAAGCACUCGGGGCUGGUACACGUUGCGUACGGGAUCGUAAACGGGACGAUUGAAGGCACGCUCGUCAUCCCGGUUGAGGUGGAAGUCGUUCACGGGGGCCUGUUCACACACGCCAGCGAGUUCGACUUUGGGACGCUCACUGUCCUGGGGGAGCGCAGGGAGCUCCCAAUCGUCGUCACCAACCUCGGAGAAAAGCCGGUUGACGUGUUUGACAUCUACCUCGAACCCGGAAACGACGGUGUCAGCAUCUCCGGCUUUGAGUGGGAGAAGGGCGUGGUUGUUCCUCCCGGGGCGGAGCAGGUCGUCGCGCAAGUGUCCUUUUCCGGGGCGGGGGGUUCGGAGUCAGGGAGCCAGGAGCCCCCCUGGGCGUCGGGGCUUGUGGUUCUCAACUCCAAUGCAAGUGUUGGCGCCGGGGCUCACAUUGAGAUCCCGUAUUGGGCGCGCGCAAUUUAUGGCAGCCUAGGAUAUGAGCCUGUAAACACUUCGUUUCUAGUUUCCUCGGACGGGAGUGGCUCUGGUGCAGAUUGGAAAGGCAAGGCCGUCGUUCAGGAGAUUCAGCUCGUCAACAAUUUUCCCGUGCCCGUCGCUUUCUACUCGGCGGCGAUCCCCGGCGACCCCAACUUCGAGAUCGUGUGGCUAUCGAGCGGCCACGUGGCAGCCCCCGGCGGGCCGGGCCCCCGGGUAACGCUAACCUUCCGACCAACCCGACCGGAUCUUGAUUAUAGCACGAGCCUGCUCGUGGCCACGAACGUAACCACUCUCCGGGUGCCUAUUCGCAUCCACGUGGGGAAGCUCCAGUUCUUCACGGUGCCCCGGGGCCGGCAGCUUCUCGUGGAAGUGCAUGACCGGCCGGAGGAGAUCUUUGUCGGGAAGAAGGUCGACUUCGGCGUCGUCCCGCCGGGAGGGAUGCAGCGGCAGCUCUUCGUGGUCGUCAACCCCACCCCGGAGCCGAUUCACAUCGUCGCCGUCGCGCAUCCCGCCCCCCUGACGCUGCUGUACGUCGCCGACCCGCAGCCUGCCGCGCUGUUUCUCACCGUCAUGCCCCCCGGGCUGAAGGGGCUGGGGUACUUGUGGGACCACGGGGGUGGCCGUGACAAUUUCCUCGAGCAGGCCCCUUCGCUGAGCAGCGUCCAAGACCGGCUGCUGCGCGAGCCGCUAACCCAAAACCCGUUUGCGCUGCCAAGCGGUCACCUCGUAACCGUAGGGCUGGCAAUGGUUCCCCCCGCCACAGAGGGGCGCUUUGCGGACGAGAUCACCUUCACGACCGGGGGCGGCGGGAAGCUGACGGUCCCCUUCGCGUACGAGGUGCUGAGCGGGGGCUUGACCAUUACCGUCGAGCCGGCCGAGAUCCGGGCGUUCCCCGGGAAAGUCCAAGAAGCGGUGAUUAUCGCGGAGAACUCGUUCGAUCGCGAGCUGCUGAUUUCGAGCCUGGAGUCAGAGGAUGCGGGGUUCUUCUCGAGCGCAUACCGGCAGUAUCUGCAGGUGGGGGUGCCGACGGAAGUGGGGGUGGUCGAUAUCGACCUGGAGCAGGCGACGGGUACGUACCUCGCCGGAAUCCGGUACAAACAGUGGCGGAACAAGGGGGGGUGCAAAGGGCACAACUGCCGGGCGGUGACGCCCGCCCAGCUGGAGGGAGAACUAGAGGAGGUGAAGAUGUUUGCCGGGGUGACGACCUCGGUUUGGGGGCCGCAGGUUUCCGCCCUGCUGUCCCUGACGACCGACCUGGUCAAGGACUACCCGAUCCCCAUCAACGUGACGCCUAUCGUCCCGAGCCUGGUCCCGGGAGAAGACGGCGACUCCGGCGCUUAUAAGUCCGGGGACGUCGUAUACGAGUUCACCAAGAUCCAAGUCGGCACGGUCGCCUACGAGACAAUUGACGUGUCGAACCCGUUCGACGAACCCCUCGAAGUGGAAAUCGUUCUCGGGGUACGGGAACCCCCACCAAAAGGAAAAGGCGAAGCGGAGGAGAGCUACCUGGAUGGCAAGAUAACCGAGUGCGGCAUGGAAGUGAAGGCGGCGGGGGGGGCGUCGUUUGCGCUGGAAGCGGACGCCGUCGUGCAUGCGGUCCUGGCCCCCCGGGAAGAGAAACUCUUUGGCCCGAUCGCGCUGCGCCCCACGAAGCGCGGCGUCGAGUCCCACGCGUCUUUGUUCCUGCACAACAAUUUGACGCUGCUCGAGGAGAUCGAGCUGAUUGCGGCGGGGGGUUCGGGCGUGCUCGCGUUCGUGGACGGGGUCACCCCCCUGAAAGAGCUGCGUCUCGAGCUAAACGGUUCGUACCUCGGGUUCGAGCGGGUGCGCGACGGGCGUGGCUGGGCGCUGCCGCCAGGUGGCAAGAUGACGUGGCCCGCCGUCGCGUCCCGCACCGUCAAAGCGCACAACGCAGGCGACGUGCGCCUGGAGGUGCUCUCGCUCCAAAUGGGGCCCGCGUCGGGCUGCCAGGGUUCAGGGUUUAGCGUCAUCCCCUGCCGGCCGUUCGUGCUGGGCCCCGGGGAGGCACGUGACGUCACGUUCUCCUACCGGCCCGACUUCAAGGCCGCUCUGCGACGCCAAGAGCUGAGGGUGACGACGUCAGCGGGUGACGUCAGCGUGGCGCUCGUCGGCCGGGUGCCGAAGCAGCUGCUGCCGCUGUGCUUGGAAGCAGUCCCCCGGUGGGCCAUCCCGGCUGCGUAUCUUUGGGCGGCGGGGGCCGUUUUCUGCGCCGUGACGUUUGCUUACGGCACGUUCCUCUGGCGAGACUUGUCUGCAAAGAGAGCGGACAGGUUGCGGAAGGAAAGGGUGGGGCAGUCGAGGUCUGCGAUUUCAGAGAAGGCCCCCGGAGACGGAGCGACGCAUCCGCAACAGAAUGGAUCUUUUCCGCGGAGUUCAUCUGGGGGGUCCCAGGCGCCGGUUCCAAAGUCUGGGUCGAAGUCGUCGCUGGCGGAAGAAAAAGGGGGGGCCGAAUCGCCCCAGUCGGGCACCCCCCCGAAGUAUGAGGAGGACGGGGAGGAGGGGUGGAUUGAGAUUGUGCCUUCGAGGGGGCAAGACAAGCAGGGGAAGAAAGGGGGGGGCAAGGCGAAGAAGGGGGGGGAGCUGGCCAAGGGCUUCGAGGUGGUGAGAGUGAUUGGAACGGAUAAGGAGCAGCAGAAGGGGAAGCCGCAGGAGGAGAAAGCGGGGGCGAAGACCGCGGGCAAGGGGGACGGGAAUGGAGCAAAGGCGAAGAAGGGGGCGAGGUCGCAGGUCGCACCGGAGCCGCUGCCAGAGAGUGCGCCAGUCGCAUUGCAGGUUCCGGAAGUCACCGACAGCACUCCGCCCACAGAGGCCCCCCCAGCUUCGCCGACCACCGCCGCCCCGGGCCGCAAGAAGAAGAAGAAGCAGCCCACCGAAGCGGCGAACUCCGCUCCCCCCCCCGCAUCCGAGGACAAAUCCUCGCCCCCCGGGACGCCGACCGCGUCAAACCCGCAGGGCAGCCCUCUGCACAAGAGCGCGGCGGGGAGUUCCUCUCGCGGGGGCCUCUCCAUGUUCGCCCGCACCAGUGUUCCUGGGGGGGGAGAGAAGAGUGGGCACCUGAGGAAGGGCAGCCAGGGCAGCGAGAGCGGCGACCCCCCCCAGCCGCACUCCCCCGCCGCCGCGGCGCGGACCCGCCCGCACCGGACUGACGUCAUCACGGUGGACUCGACGACCGGGGUGGUCAAGCAGUCGGUCAAGCUGCGGACGGUGAAGGACAGCAACGGAAUGAUGCGGCGACGGAAUUCCGGGGGCGGGCAUGAGCGGACGAGCAGCAACACGAGCAGCGGGCGGAGCAGCCCGGCGGGGAGUGGGAACUACGCGGGGAUUCUGGACGAUAUGGACGUGGCGGGGAAGGGAUGGUCUGGCGGGGAGUCUCCUCUGCAUCCAGUCGGCGGGUCCAGCCCCCAGCACCCCGUUCCCCGCCCCGGUUUCCCGCCCGCCUCGCCCCCCUUCCACCUCCGCAAAACCCAAAGCCCUGCCACGGGCCUACCCUCAAGCGCGUCCCCCCCUCACCGCUCCCUCUACAAACUCCCCUCGUUUGUCGAUAUUCCCAACGAUUCAGUCGUCGAACGAGGCCCCGGAGAAGUUGCUCCACAAACGGGGGCCUGGAGCCGUGCCCGCACAAUGCCCCCCGAAAGGACGCGGGACCCGUUCUCCCUGGAGACGAUUGGCUCGCGCAGCCUGCACCCCCCCCGCAAGGCGAGCCCGCAAGUGAACACCUACGACAUCUGGGGAACGCACUUCGGGCCCAUUGGCAGCCGGCCACCUGGCGCGGCAGGAUUGGACGAGAGCCUCUCCCCGCGGGGGAUCCCCCCGGACCAAGACGGCGACCUCUCCAGCCUCUUCGCCCAAAGCGCGUUCGGCGCAAACCCCAUCCGCCCCCCCGGUUCGCAAGCCCCCGGGUCCAACCGCUCGCAAGCGUACCCCAGCCUUUCCCCAGUGAGCUCCCCCCGUUCUGUUCCGGGGGGCACGAACCCCUUCUCCUCGGCUUUCCCCGGCUUCUCCGUCUUCGCGUCCCAGGCCCCCCCUACCGCAAACGCCUCCUUCUCGGACUCGGUCUGGUCUCGCGCGCCGGCCGCGUCCGCCGCCAACGUUCCCUUCGGCGCUCUGAGCCAGGUCGCGCGCUCCCCCCCUGCCAGCACAUUCCCCGACGCCCCGAGCACCAUCUUCGGCCGCAGCAGCCUUGCCAACUCGACCCCCCGGGCAGCGGACCCCGCAACCCUCUUCCGCGAGUCGUCCCCGAGCUUGUACGCUAACCCACCGCUAACCCGGAACCAACAUUCCCGGGACCUGAAGGAAAACCUGGAGCCUCGGGGGGGGUCGUUUGGCGGGGGUUCCGGUUACCGGGGAAGUGCGUAUGGGAGCCCCCCGGAGCGCGCGUCCGCGUUUUCCGCUUAUUCCAAGCCGUUUGAACCAAGUUCGGGGUCCGUCUUCGGUGCCCGGGCGUUGCCUCCGAGUUCGCUCUGGGGGCCGGACGGAAUUGAGGCCCCGCUGGUGUCGCCGAGGCGGCAGGGGCUUGGCGGCGAGGCUUUCAGGAGGGCCCCGGGCAGAGAACUGGGCGCGACGUCAUUGGACGCUGGCCGACCAUUGCAAGAAGGUUCUGAUCCACACACAGGAGCGACCGGGCAUAACCACGAUGGGAGGGGCCACAAGCUCGAGAAACUAGAAUAAGGCCCUGCGUUUCCAUUCUCUGCUCGACGACGAAGAGCAGAUUCCGAAGCGCAAGCAAGAGAUCAGUCAAAUCUUGAUCACAGCGCGGGUAGAGUGUAUUUAAAAGCCUGUACUUAAAAUUCGGAAGCAGUGGCCUUGAAGAAAAGUCGAGUUGCUAUCUACUAGACAAUUGAAAGCAUUGGAUUUUCUGUUGGACGCCCAGUGUAACGCAAAGAAUGCAUCAGCAAGUUUUAAAGCCCGUUUGCAUGGCCGGGC